CUGCACAAAACUCGGGUAAUAAGCUCAACAGGGAUGCACAGGGCCUGUGAGCAGGAACCUCUGAGCACUGCAGAGGGAGACCUGAAUCUGGGGAGACACCUGGUCCUGCAGAGGAAGAUGCACUAUCAGAAAGCACCUCCUGUCAAAGGCAAAAGGAAACAGUCAGAGGACAGUGACCCCUUAGACCCACCUCUGUCUCCACAACCCGAUGCUGAGCAGAACAGGAGCCAGAGCCCCGUCCAGCUGGAGGACUCCCCCGAGGCAGGCGGGGAGCGGGAGGAGGAGCAGGCCUUCCUGGUCAGCCUCUACAAGUUCAUGAAGGAGCGACACACGCCCAUCGAGAGGGUGCCCCAUCUCGGCUUCAAGCAGAUUAACCUGUGGAAGAUCUACAAGGCUGUGGAGAAGCUGGGGGCCUAUGAGCUGGUGACUGGCCGCCGCCUCUGGAAGAACGUGUAUGACGAGCUGGGGGGCAGCCCGGGCAGCACCAGCGCGGCCACAUGCACGCGCCGCCACUACGAGAGGUUGGUCCUCCCAUAUGUGCGGCACCUGAAGGGAGAGGAUGACAAGCCCCUGCCCCCCUCCAAGCCCAGGAAGCAGUACAAGAUGGCCAAGGAGCCUCGAGGGGAUGACGGGGCCACUGAGAGGCCAAAGAAAGCCAAGGAGGAGAAGCGGGUGGACCAAAUGAUGCCAGGAAAGACCAAAACAGAUGCCCCUGACCUGGCAAGGCUUCCUAGCCAGGAGCCCUCCAGGGAUGGCAUGGAACAGCGAAGCCCAGCCCCUGGGCCCUCUCUGCCCUUCGUGGGUGCCAGCGGCUGCCCUGAGGCCUACAGGCGGCUUCUGUCCAGCUUCUACUGCAAAGGGACACAUGGUAUCAUGUCACCACUGGCCAAAAAGAAGCUUCUGGCCCAGGUGAGCAAGGCGGAGGCCUUGCAGUGCCAGGAGGAGGGCUGUCGCCACGGGGCAGGUGGGGAGCCCCAGGCACCCCCAGCUAUUCGGCCCUUGGAGAAUCCCCGGAGCCCAGGAGGGCCAGCCGAGAACUCCAGGCACCGGCUGUCACCUCCAGAGGGAACACAGGGCCCUGGUGGCAGCCUCAAGGAGGAGGCUCAGGUGGGCCCUCGCCCGUCGGCCCCCAUCUUCACUGGCUGCUUCCACGCCUACCCCACCGAGGUGCUGAAGCCUGUCAGCCAGCACCCCCGGGACUUCUUCCCCAGUCUUAAAGAUGGGGUGUUAUUAGGGCCUCCUAGCAAAGAGGAGGGGCUGCCAGCCAAAGAGCCCCAGCUGGUGUGGGGCGGGGAUGCCGACCACCCCUCUGCAUUCCACAAGGGCGGCUCCAGAAGGGGCGGCCUCUACCCCAAACCCAAAGCCUGCUGGGUGUCCCCCAUGACCAAGGUCCCUGUCGAGAGCCCUGUGCCCCUGACCACCUUCCCAAGCUGCCCAGGCCUGGGCAACAAGCGCAGCCUGGAGGAAGAGGGCUUGGUCCAUGGUGGCAAAAAACUGCGCGCAGUGUCUCCCUUUCUUAAGGAGAUGGAUGCCAAGGAGUGCGGGACCAAGUCUGUGGGGCCCGACUUGGCCGUCUCCUGCCUGCUGGGCCCGGCCCUGGGGCCCGCCCUCCCAGAGGCCUACAGGGGCACCAUGCUGCGCUGCCCGCUGAACUUCGCCGGCACCCUGGACCCCUUAAAGGGCCAGGCCACACUCCCCUUCAGCCCACUGGUCAUCCCGGCCUUCCCAGCCCACCUCCUGGCCACUGCAGCACCCUCGCCCACGGCCUCCGGCCUGAUGCACUUCCCCCCCGCAUCCUUCGACAGCGCCCUGCGCCACAGACUUUGCCCAGCCUCGUCUGCGUGGCACGUGCCACCUGCCACAACCUAUGCAGUGCCCCACUUCUCCUUCCACCUGAACACCAAGCUGUAGGCCUGAGCCCGCAACACUGUGUACAGGGUCUCACUCAGCCUGGGAUGGGCAGGCACUGCCAAGGGGCUCUGGGCUGAAGCCCACUCCUCAGGAGAACUCGGCUGUGCCUGACGCAGGGAUGCGCCCUCGGCUUGGGAGCCUGGCCCAAAGAGAGGCAGUGAGAAAAGUGGGUUUAUCUCUCGAGGCAGCCCGAGCCCAGGGGCUGGGGGCCCAGUGGUUGCAAGGCCUUGGGAGAAGACGUUAAGGCUGACAGCUCCCAGCCGGGGCCCCAGAACAGAGGCCAGGUGUGGGGUGAGGGGUUGAGGGGCUGGUUAGCAGCAAGAGGCAUCCGGGCUGCCUAUGGAAAAGCCAAUAAAAUACCUGUGAAUCCACGCA